CCAAACCUGGAGCGAUAAGGGCCGGUGUGUGUGAGUGUGAGUGUGUGUGAGAGAGAGUGUGUGAGAGAGGAAACAGUUGAGAAGUGUGUGGAGGCAUCAGUGUGGAGGAAACUCAGUCAGAGGGAGCGGCUGAGGAGGAAACACUGAAAUCAAGAACAAGCGGAUGAUCUAAAACGAACCACAAAAUUUCCUCCAGAUAAGGUUUGCUGGAAUGGGUAAUCUUCUAAAAGUCCUUACAAGAGAAAUAGAGAACUAUCCACAUUUUUUCCUGGACUUUGAAAAAACCAAAUGGGGAAUCUUUUAAAAGUGCUCACUUGCACAGAGCUUGAUCAGGGGCCAAACUUUUUCCUUGACUUUGAAAAUGCACAGCCCACAGAGUGUGAGCGUGACGUGUGGAACCAGGUGAACGCCGUACUCCAGGAAUCUGAGAGCAUCCUGUCAGGCCUGCAGGCUUACAAGGGAGCGGGACAGGAGAUACGAGAUGCUAUACAGAAUCCCAAUGAUUUAUUGCUUCAAGAAAGGGCUUGGAACGCCGUGUGUCCGCUCGUCAUCCGACUCAAAAAGUUUUACGGCUUCUCACUGAAGCUGGAGAAAGCCCUGCAGAGCCUGUUGGAGUCUCUGACCUGUCCGACUUACACUCCCACUCAGCAUCUGGAGAAGGAGCAGGCCCUCGCCAAGCAGUUCGCUGAGAUCCUGCAUUUCACACUCCGCUUCGAUGAGCUCAAGAUGCGAAUUCCUGCCAUUCAGAAUGACUUCAGCUACUACAGACGAACGAUCAGUCGAAACAGAAUAAAUAACAUGAACCUGGACAUUGAAAAUGAAGUCAACAAUGAAAUGGCCAACAGAAUGUCACUCUUUUAUGCUGAGGCCACCCCGAUGCUGAAAACCCUCAGUACAGCGACUACGAACUUUGUGACCGAGAAUAAGACGCUGCCCCUGGAGAACACCACAGACUGCCUGAGCACCAUGGCCAGUGUGUGCAAGGUCAUGCUGGAGACUCCAGAGUAUACAAGCCGGUUUAACAGUGAAGACACACUCCUCUUCUGCAUGAGGGUGAUGGUGGGCGUCAUCAUUCUCUAUGACCACGUGCAUCCCAACGGCGCCUUCACCAAGUCCUCAAAAAUAGACAUGAAGGGAUGCAUAAAGGUCCUGAAAGACCAGCCAGCUGAUAAUGUUGAAGGACUCCUUAAUGCCCUGAAAUUCACCACAAAGCAUCUGAAUGAUGAGUCCACUCCAAAAAAUAUCAGAACAAUGCUCCAGUAACCUUUGUUUUUCUUUUUAAGUGAAGAGGAUCAGUGUACAGACCUCAAAAGAUGUAUAUGUUUACAUUUAUUUAAGAAAAUGAUGUUAAUACUUAUGUGUAUUUACAUAGCCAUUCCCUCCAAUAUACUUUAAAUUAAAUUGCCUAUACUCUGUCAAAGCACAAAUAAAUGAAAGCGUAUAGCCUUACAAAAAAAAAAAAAACAAAACAAAAAAAAAACCUCUGAUAUGGUUCUCCAUAUCGCUUUAAAAUCAAGAAUGGCGAUUGUUUUUAACCAAAGUAGCUAAUGGAGUUGUGGAGUGUCUGUAUUCAGGGUCAGUGACGCAGCAUAGCAGUGAAGUGAUAACAAGCUAAAACACACGUGUUCUCAGUGGGUGAAUCGAAUCUGUUUACGUGGUGGUGCUUUUCCUUUAUGGAACAGUGAAAAGAGUUUAAUAAUGCCACAGAUGCUCUACUUUUUUUUUUUUUUUUUUUCUUUUUUUUUCCUUUUAAACUGUAGUUUGACAUGUUUUUGAUGUACACUUUUUCUUUGUGAUGUGUGCUCUUGUUUGUGUGCCUCUGCCUCUAACACAUUCAUUACUCAAUGCCACAGCUUUAAAAUUUGAAAUAAAUUGACAUUUUCAGUAUAUUUUAA